UGUAACUUUAUUAAUCAAUAGGACCAGCAGUUAAUCAUCUACUUAAUGAUGCUGCAGCUGAUACUCUCCAUAGUGCAUUUUAUAACAACUGUAAGGAUAUUAUAUUAUAUUAGUAAAUAAAUAUUGAUAGUAAUGAAACACAUUUUGUGUAAUUCAAGCAUUAUAUAGAAUAAGUUACAUAGUAUAACUUAAUAUAUAUUUUUAAGUAUUUUUGAGUUAAGUUAUAACUUUCAAGUAUUUUAAGAGAUGAGUAGAGUAUAGGACCGACUAACUAUAUUUUGCGGGAUGAUAGCCAAUACCACAUCACUUUGCUUAUAUAAGCUUUAAAUACUUAUCACUAUUCAAUAAUAUUUAAUUUCUAGUACCAGCUUUGUCAAUGGUAAAUGAUAUAUUAUGUGAGUGUAAACUUUCAAAAAAAAUUCUACAUUCCUGCAAUUUUAGUACACCGAAUCAAAAUAAUGUUGGUCUUUUGGAAGCUUUAGGACAUCAACUUUGCAAAUUAUCAGCUGAUAUUCUAAAGAUAAAAAAUUACUCAAAUUAUAUUUAACAAGAUUUGACAUCAUUUAUUGAUAAUGAGAGCUCCAGAAACAACAACCAACGGCCAGAAAAAGUACAAUUAGAAAAAAGUAUUUUAUCAUCAUUCCCUUUGAAUAAUGAAAAUGUAAUUUUGUCUAUGGAGAACAACUUAUUAUCUGAAGACUUAGAUUAUACUAACAAACUGGUUACAGCGUUCAUAUUUGCAUCUGAAGGAAAAACAAUCACAAAAAUAACAAACAGUUUAUUAAGAACAGUGAUUUCUGAUGAUUUAGCUAAAGAGUACAGCUGGAAAGGUCAGAAGAAUAAGAAUGCGUUCAAAGACUUAACCAUCAGUAAGAUAAUAAUAGAUGCUGUGUUCAAGAAAUUCUCAAACAUACAAGAUUGUAAACAGGAAAUAAAACGCAGCAUAAUGACAUGGCUGGCACAAGCACCUACCCGCAUUAUAAGAUUCAACACAUUACAAAAAAAGAACAAACAGACUACUGUUUAAUCACAUGAAUCAUUUGUACAAGAAGCAAUUUUAGAGGAUGACAGCUAAUAAUAAUCAUUUAUUUUAUUUUAUUCAUUCAAAUAGUUAAUAAUAAAUUUAAAGAAUGU